AUGGUCUCAAGAACUUUUCAGGCGGAACAAAUCACUGAGAAAAAUAAAAUGAACGCCCACGGGUCCGCAGAAAGCUAUACGGUAAAAUGGCUAUUUUUAAAAUAAUGAUGACCAUUUUCAGGAGCUUCCUUACACAUCAAGCCAACAACCUUCAGCGCAACGUUCUAGCCGUGAUUCAAUCAGAUUUAGUAGUCUUCCAAGGAAUGAAGGAGUUCAACAGUUAACUCUUCCUCAGCAAUCACGAUCAAAGUCAAUGCCGCGUCAUAACUAUCAAAACAGUGAGGUUCUAUCCGAUCUUUGUCAAGCUUUCUUCUAUUAUUCUGAUUCAGACUGGCCGUCGGAACUCCUUCGAUUUUCUAGAGAAAAUUCAGAGCAAACCCAAUGAGAGAAAAGAAAUAAAAGAAAGAAAAAAACAGAAAAAAGCCGAAGAACUAGAAAGGCAGAAAAUGGAACUCGUUCGAGCCCAUCAAGAACAGUUAUACAGAACGGCGGCCAGUCAUAGAGAAGAGAUGAUGAGAAUCGAAGCAAAAGACUUAGAAGAACGAAACAUUCGGAAACAACGUGAAGAUAGAACACGGGAGUUGGAGAAGGACCGCCUGCAAAGGCAUCAGCUAGACGUUCAGAGAAGGGAAAAAUUGCAGCAGGAAGAAUUCCAAGCAAGGCAAUAUGCUCUGGAUAGAGAACAUGAAGCGAGGAUGGCAAACUUGGUCAAAUCGAACAGAGAAAUGCUCGCCAGGAAAGACGAAGAAACUCAGCGGAGCCUCCAGCAAAGCAACUUGAAGUACGAGGAAGAGAGCAGGGUGCGAGCUGAAACUGAAAGAAGACGUCAAGAACGACACGCAGCUGAAAUGAAGAAGAAUGAAAGAGCGUGAGAGGCAAAAGGAGGCCGCCCACCGGCUGAAAAUGCAGGAGGCUGACGAGCGAAUGGAGCUGGAGCAGAGGGAGCACGAGAAGCGACUGGCUGAGAUGCGAAGAAAGUUUGACCAACUGCAGGAGGAACGUCAGCGGGAGUGGUCACGACGUCAGCAACAGGCCAACGAGCAGCUCCGCCAGCUCCUUCAACUUCUGGUCCAGCAUCGGUGGAACCAGAUGAUUGAAAAUCGUUGGGCGAACCGACUCAUGUUUUUGAGCGGGUUGAACAGACCGGUCGUUCGCGAGUUCCGAGAUCUGCGGCAGAUGGUUCGUUCUUUCUGAAGAUCCUAGUAACUCGGAACUUUUUUCUUUCAGUUCAACCAAGUGAUACUCACUGCCAAUACUACAACGCAAACGUCUCGAAACCUGCAGAGUCUGGCGGUGAUCACGUUUUCGAAUAUCAUUGAAAAGUUCAAUUUUGCAGUUGGCCGUUAACAGUGUCUUAUCAGUUGUUAAAAACGAGAUAAACACAAUGGAAAUCGAGUCAGACCGACUGGGCGAGUGCUUCAGGCAAAGCGGAGCACUUUUCGUCCAAGAUAUCCAGGUGAGAAACAAGAAAAUAUCUUUGGAAGCAUAGAAAUUGUCAGGAAAGUGUGAGUGAAGUCGUCGGGAAAUGUACUGUGCUUCACGAUUUGCUCGAAAAGUUCAAAGUCGAAUGUGUAAGGAGCCUUUCAAGCGAAUCUCGAGAGAAUCUAGGGAUUUUAGGCGACCGGCGUGGCUUCAACUUACUCUUUAGAUAGCUCAAAAGAAGCGGAAUCUCUGCUACAAAAUACCGUUGGCAAAAUCCCAACGAUCCACUCCCUCAAGGCGAAAUACCAAAAUCAAAACUGGCAUUAUGAAGACGACGACCCGAGCGCAGUUAUCAUAACCGAAAUCAUUGAUUAA